CGCCUCCCUUCACCUUUCUGAGGAACCUGCCUGAUAUUUCUUCCUCAUAUCUAAGACCAUUUAUUAACUCGAACUCGGACUUCUCUCCACAGUGUUGCUUUGAAGAAGCUCAGAGAAACUUUCAGGACAGAUGGCAAACGCUGCAGAAGAAGCUCCCCUGGCCGCAGGGAGUCGGGCGGGCAGUGAAGAGGCCCUUGUUGACCAUGCAGUACCCAGAAGCGGCUCCAACAGUCGUGCCUUGAAAAUCGCAGGCCUGACCACCCUGGCCUGCCUGCUGCUGGCCAGCCAGGUCUUCACGGCAUUAAUGGUUUUCGACCAGAAGGGGGAAAUCCACUCACUGCAGAAGAACCAUGACAGACUCAGCAAGCAGCUGAGUCGCUCAGUCAAGGGUGGCGCUCCAAUGAGGAUGCAGUUGCCAAUGGACAGCCUUCCUCUCAUGAUGGACUACACCGCAGAUGCAGGUGCCAAGAAAUCCAAGACACCAAUGACUAAACUGCAGGACACGGUCAUCACUGUGGAGAAGCAGCUGAAGGACCUCAUGCAGCAGGACUCUGAGCUGCCGCAGUUCAACCAGACCUUCCUGGACAACCUGCAGAGCCUGAAGCAGCACAUGAACGAGAGCGAGUGGAAGAGCUUUGACACCUGGAUGCGUUACUGGCUGAUCUUCCAGAUGGCCCAGAAGAAGCCUACUCCACCAACAGAUGCACCAGCCGUCUUGAUCAAGACCAAAUGUCAGACUGAGUCAGAGCCUGGAUUUUCCAAGAUUGGUUCCUACACCCCCCAGUGUGACGAGCAGGGCCGCUACAAGCCCCUGCAGUGCUGGCACGCCACCGGCUACUGCUGGUGUGUGGACGAGGCUGGCAAAAUGAUCGAUGGCACCACCAUGCGCGGCCGCCCCGACUGUCAGAAAGCCGCAUUCUAUCCUCGUCGCAUGAUGCUUGCACCCAGACUGAUGCAGAAGACCAUCAGCGUCGAUGAUGAGUGAAAGAAAUGAAGCAAAGUGUUGGGUCUUUCUCACUAUCAAGCUUCGCAGACAUGAGAAAUAGGUUAUUCUUAGCUGGAUGCAGACCCACAUACUGAAUUUUAAGUUUAAAUUCCUGAUCAGUUGAUGAACUUCCAUGUAAUCUCUUGAUUUUUACUGUUUUGCUGGCUGCUUACGAUCAGAUCGGUAGAGGCCUGUUACAGACUAUCGCUUUUAAUUUUUGUGUUUUAUAACAGGCACUUUUGGGGUGUUCUCAUGGGCAUUUUGACCUACAUAAUAAUAUCAUCUACAAUGUAUUAAAGUAUUUGUUCAACAUAUUUGUCCUUAAAGAAUGUUUUAAGGGUCGGUUCUUCCAAAUGUAAUAUUUUCUCUUUUACCUCGUCUAGUAUCCAAACAUGGAGGUAGUUCAGAUAGAUAUAUCUGCCUCCACCCACCACGCUGGAAAUUAAUAAGUCUGUUUAUGGUGCAUACAGCAUUGAAACAUUGCAUUUAAAACAAGUAAACAGCCAGACUCUUUCCAGAGACAGUGUCCUCUGUUACUCUGAUGAUCCACAGACCACAAUGGGAACAGUUUUCAUUCAAACUAGUUAUUUUAUAGAAAGUAGUUCCAAUAAAAACUGUUGGCAGUGAAGUUUAUGGAUCAUUCAGAGUAACAGGGACACUGUUUCUCAAAAGAGAUGUCACUGUUUAAUCUUUUAAAUGUUGUUCAAUACUGUGAGCACCACAAACGGAAUAAGUUAAACCAAAACUAUCUCCAUGGCCAGAUAUUUAAAAGUGUAGACAGAAAAUAUGAUUGUGUCUUUUGUAAUUUGGGUGAACCGAGCCUUUAAAGGCUGUGAACGUAUGAGGAUGUGACUUUUUUAUGAAGGUGUGUUAAGAAGGUGAAAUAAAGUUUUCCUAACGACACUGUUUGCAUUGUUGUACAUAUAAUCAACUCCCAAGUCUUGUUAUAUAUAACAAAUAAUUGUUGAAGCUAUAGACAAAUUAAGGCCUAAAUAAACUUUAACUUGAUUAGAUGCAAA